AUGAAAGCUUUCAUCACCCGCUUUGUCACAGUGGAGCGCAAACUGCGUGAGCAGGGCGUGACUCUGCCUGAUGAGGUACAGGGCUGGUUCAUGUUGAGGAAACUUCAUCUUGACACCAACCAGGAGGCGAUGAUCUUGACUGCGACAAGGGGUUCUUUCAAGAUCGGAGAUGUUUCACAAGCAGUGCGGGCCAUUUUGGCCAAUACCAAAGGUACACACAAGACCAACCAGAAGGACACGUUCGUAGUCACUGACGAACAAGAUCGGGACACUGACGUGGGUUGGGACGAAGAUCAAGAACUGCUUCAGGUCCUUGCAGCAGAGCUACAGGAGAACGACAACUAUGAGGAGGAGGAACUCUUGGACACCUUCGAGAGUUACAAGCAGGUGAGGACAAAGAUGCAGGAAGUUCGGAAAGCCAGAGGCUUUCGAUCAGACGCCAGUUCAAGUGGAUCGAGCCAACCGUGGAGACUACAGGGAACCAUCUCUGCCAGACUUCAACAAGUGAAAGCUCGCACCCGCUGUCAUCGAUGUGGCCAAGUUGGCCAUUGGCGCAAGGAGUGCCCAUCACGAAGUGGAGGAAAGGGCAGCAACAAGGGAUCAGCGUCUUCCGUGACGAGUCAGACAUCGUCCAAGGAGGUGCACAUUGUGGAGGCUGACUGGCCGACACAGGAGGACUAUGAUUUGUUGCUUGAUCAGACAGCGAGCGAGAUUGAGCUGGGGUUGGAUGCCUUCAUGAUCCAGGGAGGUGGAGAGAGCGACGACUCGCAGCGCUCCCAGUGUAGUACGGCCUUGGGCCCCAGUACAGUCAUGAACGAUGUACAGCACGUUCAUUUUGAAGUUUUUCAUGAAGAUGACGAUCAGGGCGGUGUGGAAUACACGGCAGCAGCCUUGGAGACACACGGAAUCCCUGAUACAGCAUGUCGUAGGUCUUUGAUUGGUUCAAAUGUCCUUGCACGUGUCGAAGAACACCUGAGUAGGACCGGUAGGAGAGUACAGCGGAAGGAGGCCACCUCACAUUUCAGGUUUGGAAACAACGGGAGUCUUAGGUCAGAUGAGGUUGCGGUUAUUCCUUGUUGCAUUGCUGGUCAACAGCUUUUGAUUCAGGUGGCGGUUCUUCCUGGGA